AUGAGGAUCGUACGUGCGACGGAGAAGUUCUCGACGGAGCUUAAGGAGUUCAUGUGCGCCGCCGUGCAGAGGAGGAGAGACGACGACGGGUUCCUAGGCAGUCGUGGUGGUAAAUCGAGAAAUGCGAUGGAUCUUGAUUCCGACGCCGGGAACAGAUUGGUUUGCGUAACUGGCGGCGUUUCCUACCUUGGUCGCGCCAUUGUUAAGCGGCUCCUUGUUCAUGGAUACUCCGUUAGAAUCGUCGUCGACUGUCCAGAGGAGGAAGAGAAAGUGAGGGAGAUGGAAGCUGACGCUGAAACGUCGUCGUUUAGCAACAGGAUUAGCUCAGUGGUUUGUCGAUUAACAGAGGCAGAGAGUUUAGUGAAAGCAUUUGAUGGUUGUGCUGGCGUUUUCCACACCACUGCAUUCGUAGAUCCUGCUGGAAUCUCUGGUUAUUCGAAAUCAAUGGCGGAAUUAGAAGCAAAAGUGAGCGAGAAUGUAGUAGAAGCAUGUACAAGAACAGGGUCAGUGAGAAAAUGCGUCUUCACAUCAUCUAUCUUAGCCUGCGCUUGGCAAGACAAUUCCUUUCACAAUCUUGAUCACUCUGUUAUCAACGAAGAAAGCUGGAGCGAUGAACAACUUUGCAUCGAUAAUAAGCUUUGGUAUGCACUUGGAAAACUGAAAGCCGAGAAAACUGCGUGGAGGAUCGCAGAAACAGAAGGAUUAAAGCUUGCCACAAUAUGUCCUGCUCUUAUAACUGGUCCUGACUUCUUCCACCGAAACUCAACUUCAACCUUGGCUUAUCUCAAAGGAGCAAAAGAGAUGUAUAGCAACGGGUUAUUAGCGACAAUAGAUGUUAACAGGUUGGCUAAAGCUCACGUGUGUUUGUGGGAAGGUUUGGGUAACAAAACAGCGUUUGGUAGAUACGUUUGUUUCGACACCAUUCUCUCUAAAGAUGGUGCUGAAAAGCUUGCUAAAGAUAUUGGUGUCCAAAUUGAAAAGAUUUGCGGUAGCAACGUAAACGCAAACGCAGAUGAAGAAGCUUAUUCUCCUAAUUUACAAAUAUCAGAUAAAAAGCUUUUAGAUCUUAUGUCGAGAACUCUUAGAAGUUGCUAUCAUGAAAGUUAG